GUAGGGAACCCCGCUGACGAGCUGCGGCUGACCUUCCCCGUCCGCGAUGGCGUCGUUCUAGAACCGUUUCGGUUGGAACACAAUCUCGCCGUCAGCAACCACAUCUUUUACCUCCGCCAUUCUGUUCAUCAGACGCUGACAUGGAGGCCAGACCUGGAGCUGAAGUUCAAGUGUUACCAUCACGAAGACAGGCAGAUGAACACCAACUGGCCGGCGUCCGUCCAGAUCAGCAUCAACGCCACCCCGCUGACAAUAGAGCGGGGCGAGAAUAAAGCCACGCACAAACCACUCUACCUGAAGCAUGUGUGUCAGCCUGGGAGGAACACCAUUCAGAUCACUGUGACCACUUGCUGCUGCUCCCAUCUGUUUGUACUCCAGUUGGUACACAGACCCUCCGUCCGGUCAGUGCUGCAAGGCCUCCUGAAAAAGAGAUUGCUACCUGCUGAACACUGCAUUGCAAAAAUCAAGCGCCAUUUCAGCGGCGGCGGAGCCAUCUCGGCCGGGAACCCGGGGCUGACCGGGGAGGACGGUGUGGAGCAGACAGCCAUGAGAGUCUCUCUGAAGUGCUCGAUCACGUACAGACAGAUCCAGCUGCCUGCAAGGGGCCAUGAGUGCAAACACAUACAGUGUUUCGACCUGGAGUCUUAUUUACAGUUGAAUUGUGACCGAGGAACCUGGCGAUGCCCAGUGUGCAAUAAGCUGGCAUUGCUGGAAGGCUUGGAGAUCGAUCACUACAUGUGGGGCAUCUUAGCGGCCAUUCAGAACACCGAGUUCGAAGAGGUGACAAUCGACCCGAUGUGCAGCUGGAGGCCGGUGCCCGUGACGCCAGAGCUACACGUCAAAGAUGACCCCGACGCGCCUGCGGCCAAGCGGUGCAAGACCAUGAGUCCCGGCCAGACGAUCAUGCCCAAUGUCAUGGAGGUGAUUGCAUCCCUGGGACCAGGGAGCUCUCCAUACCCAUCGCUGACACUGCCACCAGGGGGCAUCAUCAACCACGCUGACUACCCUCAUCAGAAUGCUGUCUAUGCUAGCCAGGGAAGCUUGGCAGAUUUUCCCCAUGCCAACACAUCCGUGAAUGAGUUUACGCACGGACCACCCAUGCCGUACCUGGCUGACGUCUCAAAUAUGGCUCCUGAGAAGCCCCUCGCCCACUCUGUGCUGGAGCAGAUUCCUCAUUCUGGAACAGUGGACCAACCCCACAUGACUGUGCAGCCAGGAGUCCAUGCACAUCACCUCAGUGCUCAGUCGUUGCACCAUCGCAGCCCAUCCCAGCACCCACGGCAGCUCCAGCAGACAGGCGUCGGUGUCCAUUCACGUGGCGAACUGUCCUUCAACCCAUCUGCAAUCAUGGAAGCUCAGGCAAGCAGCCAAGGAGCAGCUGAUGUCCCUGAGUCUUCUCUAGAACUUCUUCCAGACAUCACAAACCCAGAUGAACUGCUGUCCUACCUAGGACCUCCAGACAUGCCGAACAACAGCAAUGAUGAUCUUCUUUCCUUGUUUGAGAACAACUGAGAAUCUUGCCCCUCACCCAGUGGGGUGAGAACACUACAG